GCGCUGUCAUAUUACAUACGUCAUUCUUUGAUUUUUCACUUUUGGUAAGACAUUUUAGUCAUUUUAUAGUGCAUUGUAAUAAGUUGCCUAUUAGAUAAGAAAGAAAUAAUAAAAUAGGUAAAACAAAUUUAAUUUAGCUAGUCCGUAACAAUUUAGUAAAAAUGUUAGCAGUGAUAAAUCGAAUUUUGGACUGGAUAAAAAGUUUGUUUUGGAAAGAAGAGAUGGAACUCACACUUGUAGGUUUACAGUUCUCAGGUAAAACUACAUUUGUGAAUGUAAUAGCAUCCGGACAAUUUAGUGAAGAUAUGAUUCCCACUGUGGGUUUCAACAUGCGAAAAGUGACCAAGGGUAAUGUCACAAUUAAAGUGUGGGAUAUAGGAGGCCAGCCCAGAUUUCGAUCUAUGUGGGAACGAUAUUGCCGCGGUGUAAAUGCAAUUGUUUAUAUGGUUGAUGCCGCAGAUCCAGAUAAACUGGAAGCCAGCCGCAAUGAACUCCACAGUCUCCUAGAAAAACCACAGCUUAUUGGAAUUCCAGUCCUUGUGCUUGGAAACAAACGAGAUUUGCCAGGAGCAUUAGAUGAAACUGGUCUCAUUGACCGAAUGAAUUUAAGUGCUGUGCAAGAUCGUGAAAUUGCUGUUAUUCUAUUUCAUGUAAAGAAAAAGAUAAUAUCGAUAUUACUUUGCAAUGGUUAAUUGCACACUCUAAAAGCCAGUCAGGGCAUUAGAGUUUUUAACUAGAUGUUUCAUAUAUCAUGAGAUUAAUUUACUUUUAAAUAAGGAAGACAUAUUAAUUUAGUUG